AUUGGCGAGCCUGCACGCGGCCUUGCCCUCCCAGGAAGGGAGGCCGAACUGAGCAGUUCGACCAGGCAGCCAUCCACCUCCAACCCCCCUUCGCCUGCGCAAAUCGUUACCAUCCCAGCGAGAAAGAUGGCGCGCGUCUCCAAUGCCAAGAAGCGGCAGGGCGCCAAGCCCGCCUCCGCGCUCAGCAGCACCGACACCAGCACCGCCGCAAAGAGGAAGGCCGAGGACGACCGCCCCGUGCGCGUCUACGCCGACGGCAUCUUCGAUCUCUUCCACUUCGGCCACGCCCGCGCCCUCGAGCAGGCCAAGAUGCUGUUCCCCAACACCUAUCUUCUCGUCGGAUGCUGCAACGACGAGCUAACCUACCGCUACAAGGGCAAGACCGUCAUGACCCAGGAAGAGCGAUACGAAUCCCUGCGGCACUGCAAGUGGGUUGAUGAGGUCAUUCCUGAUGCACCGUGGGUUCUCACACAGGAGUUUAUUGAUAAGCAUCAGAUUGACUAUGUUGCUCAUGAUGCGCUGCCUUAUGCUGAUACUAGCGGAACAGCAAAUGAUGUCUAUGAAUUUGUUAAAAAGAUUGGAAAAUUCAAGGAAACAAAAAGGACAGACGGGGUUUCUACUUCAGAUCUCAUAAUGAGGAUCUUGAAGGACUAUAACCAGUAUGUCAUGAGGAAUUUAGCACGGGGCUACUCGAGGAAAGAUCUUGGUGUGAGCUAUGUCAAGGAGAAACAAUUGCAAGUUAAUAUGAAGAUCAAUAAACUGCGGGAGACUGUGAAGGCACAUCAGGAAAAGUUGCAAACAGUGGCAAAGACUGCUGGUUUGAAUCAUGAAGAAUGGCUUGCUAAUGCGGAUCGCUGGGUUGCUGGUUUCCUAGAGAAGUUUGAGCAACACUGCCACAAUAUGGAAACUGCGAUCAAGGAUCGGAUACAGGAGAGGCUAGGGAAACAGUUGAGCAAAGGAAUAAUCGCUGGUCUUGUGCAGGAACCGGUGACAGCCUAAAACAGGUGAUGCUGUCAAUGAAACGCACUGAUGCUUUUCAGAUCAUCCUCCCGAUGUGGUUCUGGUGCGAGGCUUGUAAGGGUGCAACGCGGUUGCUGAGACGUUUUAAUUUUGUGGUGCAUGUGAACUCUUCCCGUAUACAAAUGUCUAUAGGAGAGGCGUUUGGUGUUUUGGGCAUCGUCGUGGGCGUGUUUCUUUGUAUCUAACGGGUUAGAUUAACCUUUUUUUUGUAUCGAGAUUGAUGUUCUUUCGUGGUUAUAAUAAUAAUAAAUAAUAAUAAUAUUGUCAAAGCAC